CGCAUCCGCCUCCCCCGCUACACUUCACACCCGCGGCCCCUCCGGCCCCUCCAGCCGGGGGCGGUGCUGGGCGAUCGGCGGGCGCGGCAGGCCCGGAGCAGCGCCAGGGGGAGGCGCCCGCCCAGGCCCGGCGCAGGCAGGAAGGAGGAGCCCGCGGAGGGCCAGCGAGUCGGGGCCCGUAGCUGCGGCCGCGGGAGUGUGAGCGGGACUGAGGCGGCGGCUGCGGAGCCGGGAGGGAGCGUUAGGCCGCGGGCCGGGCCGAGCCGAGCCGGGGGCGCGGGGGACAGGCCCGGCUCAGGGAAGCGGAGGGGGCCGCUGGAGGCCCGUGGCCGCGAUGCCGCUGCUCUUCCUGGAGCGCUUCCCCUGGCCCAGCCUCCGCACCUACACGGGGCUCAGCGCGCUGGGGCUGCUCGGCAGCGUCGUCAGCGCCUACCGCGCCCUCAGCCCGGGCCCCGCCGGCGAGUCUGCGCCCGGAGCCGGGCCCCAGCCCCUGGACGUCGCCUACUACCUGCUGUCGGACAGCCUCUGCGUCUGGGUACUGGUAAAUACUGCCUGCUGUUUCCUGAUGUUGAUUGCUAAACUAAUCCAGUGUGCGGUGUUUGGUCCUCUUCGUGUUAGUGAGAAGCAGCAUCUGAAGGACAAAUUCUGGAAUUUCAUCUUCUACAAGUUUAUCUUUAUUUUUGGUGUGCUGAAUGUUCAGACAGUGGAAGAGGUGGUCAUGUGGUGCCUCUGGUUCUCUGGGCUUGUGUUUCUCCACCUCAUGGUUCAGCUGUGCAAGGAUCGAUUUGAAUAUCUUUCCUUCUCUCCCACCACCCCAAUGAGCAGCCACGUCCGAGUCCUGACUCUGCUGAUUGCCAUGUUACUCUCCUGUUGUGGUCUAGCAGUUAUCUGUGGCGUUAUCGGCUAUACGCAUGGAAUGCACACCCUAGCUUUCAUGGCAGCAGAGUCUCUACUUGUGACAGUGAGAACUGCUCAUGUGAUUUUACGUUAUGUAAUUCAUCUCUGGGAUCUCAACCAUGAAGGAACCUGGGAGGGCAAGGGAACGUAUGUGUAUUAUACAGAUUUUGUCAUGGAGCUAACCUUGCUUUCACUGGACCUGAUGCAUCAUAUUCACAUGCUGCUGUUUGGCAAUAUCUGGUUGUCGAUGGCCAGCCUGGUGAUUUUUAUGCAGCUGCGUUAUUUGUUCCAUGAGGUUCAGCGUAGAAUCCGUCGUCACAAGAACUACCUGCGUGUGGUUGGAAACAUGGAAGCCAGGUUUGCAGUUGCAACUCCUGAAGAGCUAGCUGUCAAUAAUGAUGACUGCGCCAUUUGCUGGGACUCCAUGCAGACUGCCCGUAAACUCCCAUGUGGGCACCUCUUCCACAACUCAUGCCUGCGUUCCUGGCUUGAACAGGAUACAUCCUGCCCCACCUGCAGAAUGUCUCUCAAUAUCACUGACAACCACCGAGUUAGGGAGGACCACCAGAGGGAGAACCUAGAUGAGAACUUGGUACCUGUGGCAGUAGCAGAAGGCAGACCUCGCUUGAACCAGCACAAUCACUUCUUCCACUUUGAUGUUUUCUCAGACAGACAGUUCCUUCUCCUAGUUACAGGCUCUCGUAUCGCUAGCUGGUUGCCCAGUUUUUCAGUGGAAGUGAUGCAUACUACUAAUAUCCUGGGUAUUGCGCAAGCGAGCAACUCACAGCUCAAUGCUAUGGCUCAUCAGAUUCAAGAGAUGUUCCCUCAGGUUCCUUACCAUAUAGUUCUACAGGAUCUGCAGCUGACACGCUCAGUAGAAAUAACAACUGACAACAUAUUAGAGGGGCGCAUCCAGGUACCUUUCCCAACACAGACGGAGAGAGUGCCUCUUGAACUCAGUCCGAGACUGGAAGAGAUGGUGGAGUUCAGUGAAAUGGAAGCAGAGCCCAGUGAGACAGAAGAUUUUGAGGCCAGAGGAAGUCGCUUCUCCAAGUCAGCUGAUGAAAGGCAGCGUAUGUUAGUUCAGCGGAAGGAAGACCUGCUGCAGCAAGCUCGCAAGCGUUAUUUAAACAAAACCUCCGACGAGGACUCCAUCUCCGAGAGCCCCUUUCUGUCUGAGGGUGCUGCCUCUGACCCCGUCACCGUGCGCCGCAGAAUGUUAGCCGCUGCUGCCGAACGGAGACUGCAAAUGCAACAGACCUCGUAGCGCCCUCUGCUGCUGCCACCACCACCGCCUCACGAGCAAUGUUUAAAUAAAUAAAUAAUAAACCCUGCACUCUUCAUACCAGCAGGAAGUCUCUCUUCCAAGCUCAGCGAGCUGUGCUGACGAGUGAGCUGGCUGCGUCUCUGCUGUAUAAAGCAUGUGGUCUAAUAGUGUUUGGACAGCUGACCGAUUAACCUUUCGUUUGGUAAUAUUUUCUAUGUGACACUUCUCCCCUUCACAAACAAAUGCAGUUUUUAAAGCUUGGGCGUGAUUUCUGCUGCUAGCAUAAGGUGCAGGCCCGCGGCAGAGGCAAGGGAAAGGCUGCAGCCUAGAUUAACAGCUAUAUGCAUAGGUCACUGAAGGUGCUUGCGUGUUUAGCUUGAGAUCAUCCAAGGGGAGUAUUAGAAGAAAGAAUUGAAGUGUUGAGAUUCACAGGGAACCCCAUCUUAAGUCAGCAGGCAGCCACGGCCAAGUUACUGUACAUAUCAAGAAUGAGUUAAAAAUGUUACAUAGGCCUGCUCGGACCUCGAUAAAUGCUGGAAUGUGGGAAAGCGAAUUCUUAGAGUGGCUGGUCAGAGUUGUCUAGCUACGAAACUUAAAA